AAUCUGAAAGUGAGCACACAUGCGCCUUCAAGCCCAAGGUCCCAGAUUUAUUCUGUUUCUUCUGACAAAAUGCAGAGUAAUGAUUGCUACUCAGACCAUUUUUUUCCUUCUGAAAACUACUUAGCCUUAGAAAAAAAUGAUUCUCAGAAUUUAUUGAUACAUCCUUCUGAAGAUGAUGUUGAGAAAUCAAUUAUUUUUAAUCAAGAUGGCACUAUGACAGUUGAGAUGAAAGUUCGAUUCAAGAUAAAAGAGGAGGAAACCAUAAAAUGGACAACCACUGUCUGUAGAGCUGGUCUUUCUAAUAAUGAUGGAAAGAGUGCGAUAAGCAGUUUUCCAGGAAGAACAGAUGAUCGAUCAUCUGGUUUAAAGCUUACAGCAUGUUCAUUGUCUGCAGAUGUCUCACCUCUGGAGAAAGACAAUAAUCAAGAGAGCAGUUUGGCAGAGGAGAUAAACCCUCAAAUGACAGACCAAGAGUCUGAAGCUUGCAGUACUGCUAGUUGGGAGAAUGCUCUUAUGAACACAAACACCAUUCAGGGAACUCAGGAUCAAGCGAAGCACCAUUUUUAUAGGCCCCCUACACCUGGACCAAGGAGAGUGAGACAAAAGAAAUCUGUGAUAGGGAGUGUGACUUUAGUGUCUGAGACUGAAGUUCAAGAGAAAAUGAUUGGACAGUUUUCCUAUAGUGAAGAAAGGAAAGAUGGUGAGAACAAAUCUCAGUAUCACAUGUUCACACAUGCUUGCAGUAAGAUGUCAUCAGUAUCUAACAGACCAGUACUUGUUCAGGUUGAUAACAAUGAACCGGUAGAGUCAUCUUUAGAAAGAAAAAAAGAAAGCAGACUGCUCAAGUCAAGUGCAAUAAGUGCUGGUGUUGUAGAAAUUACAAGUCAGAAGAUGUUAGAGAUGUCUCAUAAUAAUGGCUUGCCACAGAUUACAUCAGAAAACUCAAUUGUAGAGGAAGAUAUAGUUGAUAGUGUAACAGCAGACAGUAAAAAUAGGGUCAAGAAUUUAAGGGCUUAUGGUAACACUAGUGAUAGAUUCAGUCCCUUUUUAGCAGAUACAACUCAUUCUUCAAGUGACAACUCUGGACCUGACAAAACCAUUUCAGAGACCCCAGCUUCAGUAGGAUACUCCCCUGUCGCCACAGGAAUUGACAAACUAAUUAGUGAAUUUGCUCAGUGUGGUUUAACACAACUUCCAGAAAAGGAAAAGCAAAUUUCAUCACCUGUUGUCAACAAAAAGAGGAUGAAAUCUCAGCAGCAUGUGAGAAAUUCCAGGCCUCAGGAUGAGAUUGCAUCUAAAGCAAUCCCCAGUAAGGGUAAGAGAAUAAAUACAAGAGGUAGAAGUGCACAGGAAGCCAUACUGAAAGAGUCACAUCGUCCCCUUCAAGGACAGAUACUUUGUGAGAAAGACCUCCAUGCAAGUGAUAUGGUAAUUGAAUCAAAUUAUUUUUCUUCCCAAAGUAAUAAUCCUGUGAAUUCUAAGAGUGUCCAUAGAAAUAAAUUAAAUACUAUUCAUAAUCCUAAGGUUCAGGGACUUUUAACCAAAAGAAAAUUCAGACCACUAAACAAAGCAAGCUUAGGAAGAUCUACAAAAAGAGAAGUGAAUCAAGGAGAAGAAAUAUUUUCCCAUAAUGAAUUUAGAUAUUGCAAAAAUACUUUUGAAAAUCAAAAUUUAUUUCAUGUAUUUAAUUUCCUUGAGCAAAACCCCAAUGCUUUUUGUGGACCACAAGCUCAAGCAGAAAUAGCAUCUUGGUAUUUGAGAGGAACAGCAAAAAAGAGCUUAGUUUCAAAGGUUAAUAAUUCACCCAUAACUUUAAGAAGCCAGAAAAAACAAAAAGGGAAUAAGUUGAAAUCUGAUGCUAUUGUAAGUAAGCAACAUGUCACAACAAGGGCAAAUUCCUUAACUUCCUGGAAAAAAGCUGUUUUUCCUGAGGAUAUUACCCAUCAUUCAGUUCAAAAUUAUGUACAGAAAUGGUUGCAGAACAUAAAUCCACAUUCAGCUUUGCAACCUAGGACAUCAGCUCCAAUCUGCAGAAAUGAAAGGAGUGUGGUAAACUGUAACAACAGUGGUUUUCCAGGAAAUAAUUCCCAUAUAAGUUCUGGAAAAGGAAGUAAUUUUGAAAGUAAUAGGCACAAAACUAAAAAUGCCAGUUUGACGGGACAUAAUCUAGAUAAAGAGUUAGGUACAUCUUUUGACAAAGGUAACAGUGAAGAACUUACAGAUGUUCUUUAUGAGAACCAGGUUGAAUCUCUGCGUGAUGCUUACUUGCUUUCCUUUAAUGGAUGUUGUCCUCUGUCACAGUCAACUCUUGGUGGUCAUAAUACUAAAAAUCAGGCUUCUGCUGAAAAGUUAGGACCAGAGGUAAGCCUUGUUUACAGAGACGUAAACUUAGCUACAAAAGGGCAAAGUGUAGAGGCUGCCAUUCAAGUUGAUCUUAUGGAAGAGGACACUCCAAAAGACCUCUUACCAGUCCGAUUGCUUCACCAACUGCAAGCUUCAGUUCUUGGUAUUCACAAGACUCAGAAUGGAGUUGUUCCAAUGUCAGGUCUACUUACAGAUGUUCCCUUCCCUUCUCCAAUAUGUAAUUCCUCCACUAAUGUUCUUCUAGCUUGGCUCCUGGUGCUAAACCUAAAGGGAGGUAUGAAUACCUUCUGUCAAGGUGAUGCUCACAAGACUACCAGUAGAACUUCAGAAACACUGGCACUGCUGGAGGUUCUGAAGCAUAUUGCUGUCACAGAGGAAGCUGAUGACUUGAAGGCUGCUGUUGCCAGUUUAGUGGAGUCAACCACAAGUGAUUUUGGAUUCACUGAGAAAGAACAGGACAUGGUUCCAGUAGGUCUUUCUGCAAGUUGUUCUACACCCAGCGUUCAGCUAGUUCCUAAGUGCGUUGAAAAUGAGAAAACACAGAAAAUCUCCUCUUUAGAUGGAGACUGUUCUGCCAGUGGAGACUGUGUCUCUAAAGUCUCUGUUUCAGAGGUGACUUGCUCUCCAUGUAAGAUGUGCACUGUGAAUAAGACUUCUCCCCCAAAAGAGGCUUAUCCCCUCAGUGAUGAUUCUUUCCCUAGUGAUGGCUGUACCAUGGAUGAGGCCUCCAUGCGUAAGGCUUGUUUUCUAGGAGAGGUCUGUUCACUUAGUGAUGCCAUGUCUUCUCAUAAGGCUUGUGCUUAUGAGGAAAAGCAUCCCUGUGAGACAGCUUGCCCAGUUGAUGAGCCCUACAUUCCCAUCAAAGUCUGCAACACCAGUGACUUUUUAAAUUCCAAAGAAAACACAUAUGCUGAUAAUUUAGAAUUAACUGAAAAGUUAGAAAGUAUUGGUGAAGUUCAGAAAGACCUAAAUAUUUUGGCAGACCAUGGGUGUAAACAUGGCUUUAAUCCAUGGAUAUCAGACCAAAAUAUCAGUAAGUUAAGCCAUUGUGACUUUUUCCAAAAUGCAGCUGAACCAGAACUCAAUAGGGAGCAUAGUUCUCUAGAUGAAUUUAAAAAUUGUUCUUUAAAGAAAUUUCAGGAUAAAAAUGCAUAUACAUCUUUUGAUAAUGAAGAAUCAAAGACUUCUGAAGAACCAGGCUCAAUAACCAACAGCAUGACAUCAAAUGAAAGAAAUAUUUCAGAAUUAGAAUCUUUUGAAGAAUUAGAAAACCAGAACACUGAUAUCUUUAAUACAAAGAUAAAUUCAGGAGAGCAAACUACUGAAGAAUCAAUCCAAAAGGAAUUAGAGACUAGUAAAAAUCUGGAUUUGAUCAAAGUCAGUAGCAAGAGCCUUACAGAAGAAGGAAGAUGGAAUGGUGUAAUUUGUGAGACAAUCAGUAGGAGGCUGGCAACACCAUCAUCUUUAGUAUUUUGCUAUGAUUCUAAGCAAAAUACUGAAAAGGAAGUCAGUGAAGGAGAAGCUAAAAUGAGAGAAAAAAAUAUGGUGGAACGCAUGGAUACUGGAAGUUUUGCAGAGUCCCCUCUUCGUUUUAAAAACUGCUUCAGAAGCUCAGUGACUUCUGAUUGGUCAGAUUACAGACAAGACAGUGAGAAUGAACAGUCAUAUAAAACAUCCAGUGGUGGCCCCAGUGACAGUGGUCAGGAGAUUGCCCAAGAGAAAGAAUAUAACAAAGGAUUUGUUAAAAGAACAAUAGAAAAACUCUAUGGUAAAGCAGAGCUGAUAAAACCGUCUUUUUUUCCUGGGUCUGCACGUACAUCUCAGGUCUAUCCUUCUAAUUCUGUGGAAUUUCAGUGCGCUGGGAAAGGAGGUCUUUAUGAUUCUCAAAGUCAGUCAUUUGGCUCUUCUGAACAGGCAUCCAGUAAUUCAUCUGUGUUGCAGAAAUUUCAGGAGGAAAGGCAAGAUAAAUGUGAUUUUGAUGUGAGAGCCAGUUGUCAUGGAGAAGACAUUGUGGAGCAUUGCACAGAACAAAAUGAUCAAAACAGAGUCCUCAGGGACAGAGAAGAGGGAGUACUGAUUGACAAAGGCAAGUGGCUCCUGAGAGAAAAUCAUUUGCUAAGAGUAUCAUCUUUUGAAAAUUCUGGCACAUGUGGCAGUGGGGACACCACAUCAGUGGAUACUCUACUUGAUAAUAACAGCAAUGAGGCACCAUAUUCACAUUUUGGAAAUUUGGCCCCAGGCUCAAACAUGGCUGAACUGUCCUCUUCAGAAUUGGAGGAACUGACUCAACCCCCUGAACUGAGAUGCAAUUAUUUUCACAUGCCUCAUUGUAGUGACUCUGAGCCUUUUUGUGAGGAUUUCCUAGAUGUUGAGAAUAAAACUUGCGCUAAGGAGAGAAUACCAAAUCACCAUGCAGAGAAAGAUAAUAAUAGGUCAGGAAGAGUAUGUGCAUCUGUCACUCAUGUCUUUACAUCUGCUGAUAACAAAGUCCAUCCUGUCCCUGAUGAUACUAUUAAAAAUCAGCCACUGCCUGGUAACAGUGGGUUUCAUGGUGCACUUCAGGAGGGCGACUCUUUGGAUAAACUCUAUACUAUUUGUGGUCAGCACUGCCCAAUCCUAACUGUGAUGAUUGAGCCUUUAAAUGAGGAACACCGAGGAUUUGCAUAUUGCAAAGAUUCUGAUAUUGAAAAUUCCUUGAGUCUCAAAUUAUGGAUGAAAAUACACCCAUAUUUACUACGGUCAAACAAAAGCAUGUUCAGAGAUGAGGACAAUAAAGCAAGUAAUAGAGAAGCAUUUAUUGAUAAUACCAUUAGCAGUGUAUUUGAUUGGCUUUAUUUCAGUAACACAUUUGACUUAAUGGAUAAAAGAAGAAAAAGAUCUAACUUCGUGGAUUUAGAGGAAGACACUAAUUUAAAUGAAUUUCGAUCAUAUUUAGGGAAUUUCUUGCACACAUUAUUGUUAGUCAUGGGUGAUGUGAAUUCAAAUACACAAGACCUCAGUAAUCAGACAAAGGAAAUCUUUGAAGUAGUUGAUGAGAAUAACAACUUUUUAAACAACAGUUUCCAGAGCUCAAGAACAAAUCUCAAUCAAGUAGUAAGAGAAAAUAGCUAUCAUUUCCCCUUUGAAAUGCUUGACCAAACUUGCCUAUUUUGCCAAGUUAAGACAUCCUCAGAUACUAGCAACAGAAAUAUAUUAGGAAUAUUUUAUAUUUUUAAAGAUGAGAAUCUUUUCAUUUGGGAGGAAGCGAACCAGUUAAAUUGAAGUGAUCCUGAAAGCUGUGAUGAACACCAUUUGUGA